ACAGCUCAAACUGGCAAUAGACACAACUCAGAUACCUGUGAGCUUGAUCAGUUAGAGAAUUCUACUCUGGAAUUGAGAAGUGCGAAACACAGCAACGAAUUGAACAGGUAUACACCCAGCAUCCUCCGUAAACUACAGUUAUCUGCAUCACCUGCGAAACACAGCCACCACAUAUUCACAAAGAUGAGGACAGCACUGGUAACGUUUUUAGCCAUGCUUCUGGUUGGCGACCUGAUAGUCUCAGCAUUACCCAUCGACAAUGAACAAGACAGUGACCCCAUCUUCGAUCACCUCUACACCCGAAACAUAGUCGAACGCAGGAGCCGAAAAGACCUCACCAAAUGCAUCUCUGAGUGUGUAUCCUGCGCUAAGUAUGCCGGACUCUACGCUGAUAAAUGCGUACGAGGCUGCAGUAGUAAAACAAGCGGGAAAGGGAUCAUCAAUAAGACGGAGUUCGACGCGUGGAGUGCAUGCGAGCAGUUCUUACACCGUUGAGUCUUAAGUUACUAUUACGUUUCUUUGUUUUUCGUUCUCUCCUUUGUUAUGAACUCUUUCGACCAUAAACAUUGACCUUUUUGCUUUUACUUGAACUGGAAGACACAAUUAAAAACCCCGAUCCUCAUCAGUUAAAGUCUUUGAGAUUACUGAAGUAAGCAGAGAGUAGGUACCAAGUUAUAGGAAUACAUGGGUUUGAGAUGGUACCGACCCCUUGGUUGUUCACCCAUCCAAGGAAAGGUAUGAAAUCGGUUUUGAAGAAUGCUUGUUCUGAAACAUGAUUUUGCUUUAAAAAAAAAGUUAUCCAAAUUGAAAGGGAUUGCAGUUUGAAAUUAAGAAAUACUUUAUGUAACAGAACCACAAAGGCUGACCAGUUGCCGAAGUGUUGUCCACAAACGUUAUACAAGUUAGAGUGAUGGAAUUUAAGUAGGAAACAAUCAUCAGUUCUACGAUGCGCACCAUGAAAGGCCGGGUUUCAGUGAUAGGCUAAUGGACAACCAUUCAAUAUGACAUCUUUAAUCAACCCCAACAAUAUUAAGUACGAAAUUCUCUGAACCAAUAGAAGUGAUAUGAACCAUUUCUCUGUAUGAAGAUUGCAGAACAAAAAACUUCCAGUACAUUGGGAAAUGAAUUUACCGACUUUAGAACUAACAUUUAAGCUUUGGGUAAACAAUUUCGUUAAAAUAAUGAGCUAUAAAAAUACUUCUUUUGGACUGCGAGGAUUGGUAACUUCUGAUUACAUUUCAAAACAAUGGUCUUUAUUCAAAUGAGCGUGCCAACAAAAUACACGUAAUAUUGUAUAUAGUUAUAACGACAUUCCUUAGCAGUAUGUAUCUUAAUCAAUGACUUUACAUCAAUUGCCCUUAAUUAUCAAAUUAUGCAUUUCGAUUUCCUGUUGUCUGUCAACUACAAGUUGUUACAGCUCUCCUCGGUAAAUUGCCCGAAUUGGAUCGUAUUUCCAGACUGUCAGAACUCAGAUAGUAAGGCAGUUGGACAUUUUCACUGUGCUAAAGUGCUUUUUAAUUAAAAGUUUAAUGUCCAUCUCAAUUUAGACUUGAAUAAUGAGUUUGUAUGAACAACAUCUUUAAAUUCGGAACACAGUUGUGGCAGACGCGUCUUCUGCUGAAAACCCCAUUACAUACCUUUUUGAUAAAGGUACUUGCUUACAUACAGUCUUUGGUUAUUUGUUGCGUGUGUGGUUAACACAAAAGUUUUGCUAAAGGAGGAACACAAACUCAAUCUGACAUUAAAACCAUCCAACGUAGUGAUUGAUAAUUGUCCGUAAGGAUGUCUCUUCAUAAGGUACUUGUUUGUGCAAUGUAUUCUGACUCUGUUAAUAUACCAGCUACAGAUUAUGUGUUGUAUAUAUUGAACACUAUUGACAGUCAAAAGGAUUUGUAGAACAAAGUUUAAAUAUAAUUUGUUUGACUGGCACAACAUCACAAUUUACCAAUGUGAAGUGUAUGAUAUGGGAGUGCAAAGCAAAUCUAUAUUGUAUCAAAUGAUAAAGCAUGCAAGAAAUCCAUCACUUUAAUAGGUCAUUUGAUCAUUCCCUCAUCAAACUUGUACCUAUUCACAGAGUUUCGCCUAAACAGAACAAUAAGCCAUAGGCCCGAGUUCUUCGAAAUAAUAGUAAAUGUCCUUUGAACUGUACAAUAUUGAGUAAAUGACCUUUGAACUGUACAAUAUUGAGUCAACGGCCAAAUGUAAAUAGCACUCGGGCCAAAAUCUUCAACAAUUUCGAAAUAUCUCCACUUUGAAUUGUCAUCAUUUGGAAAUAAAACUUGUCUUGAUUUUGUAGUCAUUACGUAACUCAUGAAUUCUUAUGGCUCAAGUUAGUGUAGGCAAUAAUCACUAUUAUAAACCGUUGUAAAUGUAAACUGGUUUGUUGAUUUUGCCUUCCUCUGCAAACCAACUCAAAUGCCUGAACUUAAAGAUAAGCAAACCAAUAAACGAAUACAAUUAAAUCGAACAUAUACAGACGGAC